CUCCUCAAGAGAUCCCGAAAUGCCCGCUGCUCGCUCGCCCUCGCCCGCGGGCCACCAGCUGCUCGGCUCUGUAGGGGCUCCUGCCGGCGUGUCCCGUUUCUCUGUCUUCUCUGAGGGCGCUGCUUGCCGAUUCAGAAGCCAAGGAAAAACCCAGUCGCCUCCGCAGCUGCCCUUCGCCCCCGCCUCUGCUUGGCGGCUCUCGGGGACCCAGUAAGCAAGGAAGCCGGCGGCGGCUCCUCUUCUCUUCUCCAGGCCGUCCCUUCCCGCUUCCCGCCUCCGGCCGGGCCCACUGAGGGGAGGCGUGGCUGGACCCGGGGCCUUGCCGGGCGCCUCACGGAGAGCGGACUACAAGUCCCAGCAGGCGCCGGGGCCAAGCCAGGUCCGCGAAGGGAGCUCCGGAAGGCCGCCCAGCGCAGCCCUCUCCGCAGCGGCGAUGCCGUCGGCGGGCUGCUACGAGGAGGACGAGGCGGCGUCGAUGGGCGAGGGCUCCGGUCCCUUCGGGGGACCCUUCCCUUCGGGGCCGCUGGCGCCGCCCACCUCCGCCUCGGAGCGUCCCCGGCUCUGCGGCUACCUGCAGAAGCUGGCCGGGAAGGGCCCGCUGAGGGGCUUCCGCACGCGCUGGUUCGCCUUCGACGCGCGCAGCUGCGCCCUCUACUACUUCAAGGGCCCGCAGGAGGUGGCGCCCCUCGGCCGCCUCGACAUCGCCGGCGCCUCCUUCAGCUACCACCAGCCGGCAGAGCCCCCCGCCUCGGCCGCCGCCGCCUCCUUCGCCUCGGCUGCCGCCUUCUCCGCCGCCUCGUCCUCCUGCUCCUUCUCGGGCGGCGGCAGCGGGGAUGGCGAGGGCGCCCUCGGCACCACCUUCGAGAUCCACAGCCCCGCCGGCGGCGCCGUCACCGUCCUCAAGGCAGCAACACACCAGGAUAUGAAAUACUGGCUGCAGGAGCUUCAGCAGAGGAGAUGGGAAUAUUGUAAUAGCCAUGAUGCAACAAAGAGGGUCAGUCAGAUUUCACCAACGUCAAGUGAUUCCUCCAAAGGGCUUGUCGCCAAAGACAACACUGAUUGGACUACCCUGUUUUCAAAUGCAUCAGCAGAGAGAGCCAGAAAUGUCCUAGCAGUGGAGACGGCGCCCACGGAACUGGUGGGAGAGCAGGCAGCAUGCCAGCCAGCCCCAGGCCAGCCAAGUGCCAUUAACUUUUCUUUGAAGCAGUGGGGCACUGAGAUCAAGAAUUCUGUGUCUUCAUUAAGGACUGGAAAAGGAAACAAUGAAAACCGCAAGAGUGUGUUUUACACAGAGGAGUGGGAAUUUCUAGAUCCAAAGGAUUUGGAGGAAUCACUCUCUCAAGAAAGGAAGAGGUUUCCGGCAGAGCCCCCCAAAGGCAUGUCUGGUUCAGUCUUUCCAUUUGAUUUUGGCCGCAUUCCACACAGAACGAGGCGUCCUUUAAAGGAAAUUAUUGCAAUCAGCAAAAACCGGAAUAGCACAGAGUCUUCUCCUCCUGACGAGUGUAAUGGAAACAAGCUGGCUUCUGAGAUGCAGCUGAAGUUCCAGAGCCAGCAGGAAGAGUUGGAGAGGCUCGAGAAGGAGCUGUCUAGCCAAAAGGAACUUGUGCGACUUCUGCAACAGACCGUCAGAUCUUCCCAGUACGACAAAUAUUUUGCAGGGCACCUUUGUGAUGGGGCUCCAAAAGAUAAGCUAGAGGUGCUUCACAAAAAAGACGAUCAAAUCUUGGGUCUCAAUAACCAGCUUGAAAAGCUUAAUCUGGAAAAGGACAGCCUGCAGCAGGAAGUCAAGAACCUGAAGCGCAAGGUGGGCGAGCUCAACGAACAGCUGGGCAUGCUCAUGGAGACCAUUCAAGCCAAAGACGAAGUGAUUGUGAGACUGUCCAGGGAGCUGAGUGAAUGCGAGGGUCAGUUGUCCAGCCAGACCGGAGAAGCAACUCCUGCAGCCCUGACUUCCUCCGUGAACAAAGAACUGCAGGAGUUCGACAGGUUGAAAGACAGUCUUCAGGGUUACAAAAACCAGAACAAAUUUUUAAAUAAGGAGAUCCUGGAACUUUCUGCUUUGCGAAGAACUGCCGAAAACAGAGAAAGAGACUUGAUGGCAAAGUAUACCAGCCUUGAAGCCAAACUCUGUCAAGUGGAAAGUAAAUACCUUAUCUUGCUUCAAGAGAUGAAGACUCCUGUUUGCUCAGAGGAACAGAGUCCUUGUCAUGACGUUGUGGCCCAGCUCCUGGAAGAUGCCUUAAAAGCGGAUGAUAGUGAGCAUCCCGAGCAGACGUACUUUAAACCUCACAUGGUCAGCGAGUAUGAUAUUUAUGGAUUUCAGACUGUCCCAGAAGAUGAUGAGGAAGAGAAGUUGGUAGCGAAGGUGCGGGCUUUGGAUCUGAAGUCCCUCUCCCUUACUGAAAACCAGGAGAUGUCCACAGGGGUGAAGUGGGAGAACUACCUGGCAAGCACAAUGAACAGGGAGAUGAUGCGCUCCUUGGAACUGAAGAACCUCAUUCGGAAUGGGAUUCCGCACACCCAUCGCUCCCAGAUGUGGAGAUGGUGCAUCAGCCUGCACGUGAAGAAGUUCAAGGACCGCAUGGAUCCAGGCUACUUCCAAGCCCUACUUCAGAACGCCCUGAAGAAGCAGAACCCGGCUUCAAAACAGAUAGAACUAGAUCUCCUGCGGACUUUGCCUAACAACAAGCAUUACUCUUCUCCCGCAUCUGAAGGCGUGCAAAAGCUACGGAAUGUGUUGCUAGCGUUUUCUUGGCGGAAUCCAGACAUAGGAUAUUGCCAGGGUCUCAACAGAUUGGCAGCAAUUGCGCUUCUCUACUUGGACCAGGAAGAUGCCUUUUGGUGCCUAGUUACCAUAGUGGAGGUCUUCAUGCCUCGAGACUAUUACACUAAAACCCUGCUAGGCUCCCAGGUUGACCAGAGAGUCUUCAAGGAUCUGAUGAGUGAGAAGCUUCCUCGCCUACAGGCCCACUUUGAGCAAUACAGAGUGGACUACUUGCUCAUCACCUUCAACUGGUUCCUUGUUGUGUUUGUAGACAGCGUGGUCAGCGAUGUACUCUUCAAGAUAUGGGACUCUUUUUUGUAUGAGGGGCCAAAGGUAAUAUUCCGGUUUGCUUUGGCGCUCUUUAAAUACAAAGAGGAGGAGAUCUUAAAGUUGCAAGACUCCAUGUCCAUAUUCAAGUACCUCAGAUAUUUCACUCGCACAGUCCUUGAUGCUAGGAAACUUAUCAGUGUUGCUUUUGGGGAUCUGAAUCCCUUCCCUCUGCGCCAGAUAAGGAACCGGAGGGCCUACCAUCUGGAGAAAGUCCGCCUGGAGCUUAUGGAGCUUGAAGCCAUCCGGGAAGACUUCUUGCGCGAGCGGGAAACGAACCCAGACAAAAGAGACCUCAUUAGCGAUGAUGAAGAAGAUGGUUGAGGAAGCCCCUUGAGGGCCACGACUCUCCCUGGAACCAUGACCAAAGUUGUAUGGAUUGGCUUAGCUGCCAGUAGGUUUCUUCCUUAAUGAUCCAGCAAAACUGAAUGUUGAGCGAUGACACCUGGGAAUUUGCGGGACAGAUUUCCAAACCUUAGCAUGCCAUUGCAGAAAUCUUUUUUUCCUCAGAAGGCCAAAAAUUCUGCUUCCACUUGCUUUUCUGCCACUGUGUAAAGAGCACCUAGAGGAGUUUGUGUUCCGCCAUGCACCUGAGCUGUCGGCUCACCCUUUUUCUUUUUGGAAGUGCCUAUGCAGGAAGCCAUAGAGCAGAAUCCUCCCUUUUUAAUACCCACAAUUUUAAUACCUGAUUCCCAGUUGCUUUUCACAUUCUUCUCCCUCCAGCCCCCAAUCACCCAUUUGAGAGAGUCGUUCCUUAUUAGCCUUAAGAGAAUGUUCAAUUAAAUUUACACUUUUUAUUGGCCAAUUAAGGAUGGGCAGAUCAGCUCUGUUUGUUUAAAACUAGCCCAAAUAUUGUCAGAUACUCAGCAUCUCUGUACCCGUACUUAAAAACCAUGAAAAUGUGAAGAGGCUGCCCAGAGCCUAUAUUCUCAGUGUUGUUGCCAUGGGGCCAAGUCUUCUUAAGGGGGUGUUCCAUUGGUGCCGGCAGCUUCCAUUUUUAGCCAGAGGGGGUGCUGAAGCAUAUGAUGUGGCAAGUGAGCGCCUGAGGAUUCUAAGACUGCCAGGUUCCAACCUGGACGGGUUGGUCAGCCCUGGUCUCUCCAAGUACUGUGGAAUGCAAGAAGUAGUUCUGCUGGAGCAGCUUCCCCUGCCACCAGACUACAGCGAAAGGGGAAACUGCGUUUUCUCCCUUCCAUGAAGAUAUUAAAGGCACAGGAGUCCUUUCCAGGAUGGAAUGGCACGAGCUCAUCCAGCAACAUGAAGGGUGGAGGUGGGAUGCGCAUGUUCUGGCCAGGUGAGGGUGCUGUCACCAAAUGGCCUCCCCGCCGUGUAAUUAUGCUGGAUAACGUCCUGAGCAGCUGUUCCUUGGAGGCUUGUACUGAGAAGCCAUUUUUAAUGGGUGGCAGAUUGUUCAGCCAAGCAAGCCUGUUAACAUGACUCAGUGACCUCUGAAAGUGCAGUAAAUUUGUCUGAUUUUUGUGCCACAGAGAAGCUGGAGUAACCCUAGAAGAGUCAAAUAACAUGAACUGCGUAUUUGUUGGUUCUUUGAACAAUAAUACUUUCAUUUCACAACAGGUUUGAUUUCUGAGAACAUUGGAAUCCGUUCUUUUUCCCUUUACACCUCUGUACUGCAUUCCAUUGCACAUUUUGAAGUAUUUGUAUCCUGUAGUUUUGGUGAAACUUAAUGCCAGAGAAAUUACAGAUGGAUUCCUCCUAUCACAUUACUCUGGCCUUUGCAGAAACGCAUGUUGCCUUAGAUGCAGUUCGUGCACCUGAAGAAAAUGAAGGUUAUAGAUUCAUUGCUUUUGGGGGAUGGAUGUCUAUUUUCUGGAACCUUUUCAUCAUCUUUCCCCUACUUGAUGUGCCCUUUUAUUAGGCAUUGUAAUUCUCCAGAUUCCUUCCUUCCUUCCAGGCUGCUUCUCCCAAGGUCGUCAUGGCCUUUUCAGUCCUGAGGAUCUUUACCUUCAUCAAUAAGUGGCCUGCCAUCCAGGUUCCUUUCUCUGAAGAGCCGUUUCCUCCCCUACCAUAUUGCAAGUUGCUCUUGACAGAAGAGCCUCAGCGAUGGUUUGCAGAGUGGUACGCAGGGAGGGCAGAGGGAAUGCCUCUCUACACUUCCACAAGCAUCUGUGGCUGUGUAAAAGGCUUCUUUUUCAGAUUGCGGCCAUCCCCUUUCUGAUGGUUUCUAAAAUGGAUCAGUAAUUGGCAGUGGUGUUAUAAAGUUAGUGUCACAGGAUUGGAGCCAGAGAAGAUUCUGAUCACGUGCAAGUGACAAUUCUCCCUGUGCCAAUGGCAGUGCUACAAUGUGCCCAGUUAAUUUCACUCUAAGCUAGAAUCAUGUGGUAUGUCCGUUUGGUGCCAACAGACAGUGCCUCACUCCUGUGACCCUGGGGUCAGAACCAUCUGUGGGGCCAGUGAGGGAAGGUACACAAUGCAAGCCAAACAGAUUAGAUGGCCCUCAAGAUGCAUCUGUGCCAGUGGGGUCACUUAACCUUUUUUAAUACCUUGUACCUGAACACUAGUAAGUCGCCACCCCCUGGUAGUAUUAUAUGUACUGCAUUUCUGACCCCUAAUGAAAGAAGUGUUGAAACCCACAGGCAGGACCACUGGGAUUUAUUCCAUGCUGUCAGAUUUUUGUAACACUGUUCUGGAAGAGCUAGUCUCAAACCAACGCUAGAAUGGAAUAUUUGUCUUCAAUUUAGCUCUUGUGUGUUAAAGGAGAUCCAUGUGUGCUCUUUGAAAUUGCUGGUUUGGAUGGGGAGUAGUAGUUGAAACACCUGACUAUAAAUACCUGAGACAUUCCUCCAAGCCAGCAAACACAGAUGAAGGCAGAGAGCAAAGGCAGUGCUCAUUUCUCCUCUUGCAAACAGUUACUCUGUUGGCUCCUGCAAAUCUUCCUCAGCUCCUUAGCAUCAGUCUAACAGUGCAAGAUUGUUAAGAAUGUCCAACCAAUCCAUCAAAAAUAAAAAAUGAAUUCCUUAAGGGCAGAGGUCAAUGCAGAAUGGUUGACCGACCAACACCCCCCCAUGCUGGGUGUGUUCCGUCAUUUUUGGGUCUCAUUUACUGUAAUGAGGUUUUUUCUCCUACACUUUCUUUUUUUGUAAAGAAUUUCAAAAUGUGUUACAUAUUAUAUAUGCAAAGUAUCUUAUGCAUGGUUUCUGUUUAAGUAUUGUAUAACCUACACCAAUUAAGCCAUUUGUGCAAGUUUCCAGGUUGCACAGACCAAUUAUUUGUUACACCAAAGGCAGAGAGAAAGGGGAACUGGCAGUACACACCUGGCUUUUACUGAAAUGGCACAGUAUAUACAUGUAGUUCUCUCUGUAGUUGAUUUAAUUACCAGGUGCUAAUCACUAGGUAGAAACUGAUCCUGUCCGGUGACUUUAAUCUAGAACUGCCUUUGCUAACCUGGUGCCUUCCAGGCAUUUGGACUACAACUCCCAUCAGCCUCAGCCACCACAGGUGUACGAUGCUGGGGCUGGUGGGAGUUGUAGUCCAAAACAUCCAGAGGGCACUAAGUUGGCCAAGGCAGCUCUGAAGCAUCUUCUGUGCGAGCCUGAUUAAAAUGAACAGGAAGCACGGACAAGUCUUCCUCCUAGUGGGGCGUACGCAGCAGAUGUUCCCAGCGGAGAGUGCCUUCUCCUUACACAGCUGCGCUGUAGUUGUCCUUUGCACAAGGACCAGGAAUUAGGCUUGUUCUUUGUCCAUGAGCCAUUCCAAACCACUACUAAGUCAGUUUGACAAGCACAUUAGUAAUCGCAUCCUGCUUUGGUUUCUUAUGAAGAAAUUUGAAAAUGUGCCUCUCUUUCGGUGGUGUUAAACUUUUGUAUUCAUCCCUUGGGAAGUAUUCUUAGAACAACUGGGGAUGCAUAGCACAAUAAAAGGGUUGCAGGCUUGAAACGUAACCUGGUUUUGUAUCUGAAAUCCUUGCCAAAAACAUUAAAAAUCAAUAAUUUUCUAA